AUGCACAACCGUCACACUGCCACACGAUUAUAUGUAUGUACAUCCAUCACACCAACUGGUCACUAUAUUUUUUAUAUUCGAGAUGAUAUUUCAUAUCAAUUGCCAGGAAAAGGUGAUACGAUUAUAGCCAAAGAUGAUUUAGGUAAUAUAACAACUUAUCGAAAACGACUUUUGUUUUAUAAUUUAUGUGAAAAUUAUGAAUUGUUUACAGAGGAAAAUAAAAAUGUUAAUUUAAAUCGUUCUGUUUUUGCUGUAUUAAGACCUCCAUUUGUCGUUCCACAAGCUUCUUUGGCUCAUCGAAUUUGUGUUUAUUUAUAG